UCGACUCGGUUUCCAAUAAACAAAACCAUUUUGGUUUGGUUCUUGGUUCUUAUUCUGCUGUUAUGCCGUAGUUUCAUCUCUUUACUCUUGAUAUUUUUAGACAUACAUCAGGCUAUGUAAAGGAAGGAUUCUGGAGCUAAAUCCAUCGAGAAUUUCGUGGCUUUGUAAGCGAUUAUACUCAAGAUGAAAGAUAAACCGGCAGCAUGUCAGAGCGACAAGGAACAAGAGAUCAAAAUUAUACUUGGAUCAAAAGACGAAGUCGACUUUAGCCUGAUAGAAAAGGAUGGCCACAUUAUCGCUUCGUUCUUUCACGAGGAGGACUUUGCUGUUCCAGGAGGUUACUUUUUGUACUCCAUUAAUGAUCACCCGAUGCAUGGUGCCUCCGGAACAUUCUUAAAAGAUGUCAAAGAAAUGAUAGAGUGUCCCGACAGUUACCCCAUAACCCUGGUCUUCAAGAGUGAAGCUUGUCACAAAAGCAAGAAAAAGCUUACACUACCUGUGCCAGAUGACUUCCUUGGUGAAAUUCCAAAGUUGAGUGAAGCAGAAAUAAUAGAAUACAUGGAGCUAGCUAAAUCCUGGGCACCUAAUUUGCUAGAAGCAGCUAAAGCAACAGAGGGCUUCAAGUUCGUGAAAAGACAGGAUGAGGUGGAUAUUUACAUAGGAACACAGAGUGACAAAAAGAUUCAGCUUGUGAGGGGUUCAACUCUUGUCAAAUGUACCAAGGAUGAAAUGAGGGCUUUCAUGAUCUCUCACACAACAGAUUCAUUCAGGAGGCUUUUCCACAUGAUAGAUGUUAAUUUUGUUGAUGGAUUAAUGUUACAUCAGUUUCCUAGUGGGUACAAACACCCAAAUGUACCAUUCUUUUCUAUCAAAUGGGCCAUUAUUGGGCAGCCCGGCCCAAUCUGGUCUCGAGAUGUCUGUUGGUUGGAGUAUGGUGACAUAGUAACUGAUGAUGAUGGGAAGGAAGUUGGCUUUGGAGUGGGAUCGUCUGUCAGUCGGCCCGAAUGCCCUCCCAUGGAUCACUACCACCUCGUGAGGGCAGACCUCAUGUGCACAGGUUACGUCUUUAGGCCGUCAGAUGAUGCCGACUACAUGGAGGUGACAUAUGUCAUGCAGGCUGACCCGAAGGGCUGGAUCCCGACAUGGGCCGUCAGCCUCUUCGCCUGGCAGGAAGCCCUUAACCUUGCUAGGAUCCGCAAACAUGCUGAGGGCAUCCACUCGGCGCAAGUGCGCAUGUCUGGACACGAGCGUCAAGGCGCUGCCGUACAGGGAGUAUUCAUCCCACAUGGCAAGCAACACACCAUAGCAUUGCAUGUGUCGGAGAGCGAUGCAAGCCUCACGUUUGGAUUCUGCACUGCUAGUCACGAUGUAGGAUUUCACAUUACAGGACUGGCGCCCGAAGGGGAGAAAUGGGGCAAAAAUACUCGAUAUCACACGAAUGAAGACCCGGUCUAUGGCAAGGUGCGUGUGAAACAAGGCGAUUACCAGCUGGUGUUUGAUAACUCGUACAGCUGGUUUAAAGCAAAGCAAGUCUACUAUUGGUUUAACCUUGCCACAUAGCCAGACAAAUUAUUAUUGUAAUAUAGUAAUUCUAUUUAUAUUAUCCUUAAAAUUUUAUCGCAUGAUAUCGUAAAUCUUACGGUUUUAAUUAUCAUUUAGUUGUUAUCUUUCCGUCGAUGUAUACUAUACAAUUGAUUUUUAUAAAACAAUUAGACUCCUCAGGCUCCAUAAAACAAGGCGGGAGGUUACUGUCUCAAGAAUGGAGAUGUUCCUAUGUAAUAAUGGCUAUUUAAAUGGGAUUCGUUCCUAUGUUUUCUCAAGAAGGGAGUUGUUCCUAUGUAAUAAUGGCAGGGAUGCUCGUAAUGAAUGUUGAUUGAGCUUUUUAGGUUAAUUCUUUGUAUGGAGUCCCCCCUGAGAUAGCGAUGCCUUUGGUUGUUUCUGGUUGUUUUUACCUAUUGAGAAAAUAUUAUCGAUAUAUAGAAAUGAGUGCCUGUGCUCCCAUGUGGAUUGAAUGGUUCUGUGUUGAGCUUGUGUGUUUGGAGAAUAGUUCAAUAAUGAAAAAGCGUGUUAUUCUCGAUUUAUUAUAAUUUAAAAGUCUGAAUGUAGCACACUUCUCCCUAUUAUUACACUUGCCCUAAACACCUUUCAACUCUUUUUACAGCAGUUCAACCCAAUACUAGGAGUAAUGAAUGAUGGGUAAGUCGUUUAAACUUUUUUUUAGCAAUUCAACCCAAUACUAGGAAUAAUGAAUGAUGGGUAAGUCGUCCCACAUUCCUCUUUUCCCCCUCUAUCGAAGAACUUGAGUUUCAAGAUUAACUCUUGUCAAAAGAUCCCUGAUUCUCGAGACUGUUUAGUAUUGGAAGAUUAUUAGAGAGUAAUAUCUUGGCACUGGAUAUCCAGAGUAGUAGGGAAAAUUGUUAUAUGAUAGGAAUCUUCUGAAAUAGUAUAGAUAUAUUACAAAAAAGUUGCCAGCACGAAUUGCGAAAAGCGAUUGCCAAAUGGCAGUUCUACGACCGAAAGGUGUUUAUGGGUGGUAAUUAUUUGUAAAGAUCAAGGUGAUAAAUACAAGCUAUGUCAAAACCAUAUAUUUAUUAUAUUAAAUGGAUGGUCGUAUGUUUUUUUUCUGAAUUUGGAACAAAUAUUUUGGAACCCAUGGGUCCUUGUGGUUGUAGAACUACCUUUGUCAAUAAUCGACAUUUGCCGUUUGCACUAACAACGUUUUUUGAAUUAAGUAUAUUUCAUUGUGCAGUGAAAGAUAUAAAAACGAAAGAUGAAAUAAACAUAUUUUUUUACAAA